AUGUCGGGCCCAGGCCAAUCUGAGCCCAUCGUGGAUACGACGCGAUCCCUCAAGCGCAAGCAGCUUUCCACCGACGACCAAGGCGAGCUCGACGCCCUCGACAGCAUCUUCAAGCGCAUAAAGACGGCGGUCCCGCGCACACCAUACAUACUUUCCACGCCAUCCUUACAUCCGUACCGGUACUACUCACAACAACAAGCCAACGCCUGGAAAUUGGGAAGGCUAUUCAAGUCGGAGGAGGAGCACUUGCAGUACAGGACAUAUCUCUAUCGCGAGCCGUGUCAGGAUUGCUUCGAGCUGCAGGCGGGAGAAGACGACGAGCCUGAGCCUGAACCGCCACGCUCCCAUGUCGCGAAUGGCCAGCCAGCGAAGAAGAAACCCAACCUCUCAGCCUUCAAGGUCAAACAAGCGAACGGUCCCAACACUCCCAGCGUCAAGAUCAGCUCGCCCAGCUCUGUGCCGGAUAAGAAACAGGCGAAUGGGGCCAGCAAGCCUGAAAAGCUGUCUGCGCCGUCCCAAAAGACCGAGCCCAAGUCGCCGAAGUCGUGGGUACACCGCUCUAUACUUUGUUCGAUUACUGACAGUAGCAGAUCCUCUGGUACUACACGCGACGAGCAUCCCAUCCGGAAAGCCGACAGAGGCGCCCCUUCUUCAAAUCGGCCGCGAGCCCCUUCCACAACCAAGAGCGAGACAACCAGUUCCAAGGGCAAGAUCGAGAAGUCGGACCCCUCCAACUCAACACCACACGGCCUACCUCCGCUGCUUUCGCCAGUACACGAACCAAUGGGCAACCCAUACGGACUCCCGAAUAUCUUAUCUCCCACCCUCCCGUCCAACAUACAGGCCGAGCUCGACAGAAUGGAAGUACAGCGGAAGCGCACAGAUUCCGACGCAUCUGUGUCAUCAUCAGAUCGCAAGAGUCAGACACUUGCUGUGCCACCCAGCGGAUCUCAACAGUCCAACGGUACACCAAAGUCAGAGAACCGAGCGCGCUCAGUUUCCAUCAACGGCAACGGCAAAUCGCCCAACCCCGAACCAGUCAGUCAAGUCGAACAAACAGAUUCUAGUAUGGUAGUUAAGCUGAAAUUCUCAAAGACCAAGGCGCCUGUCGUUGGCCAGAUUCUCCGCCUACCAUCGAAACGAGCGAAUGCCGAGAAGAAGGAGCGCAACGAUACCUCCAAGGCGACUCAUAUGGCAGACACGCAGCCCAAGGUCACGGAUCCGCCUGUCAUUAAGAAGAAGGCAAUUCCCAAGGUCGCUGCACGACAGACUACAACGCCAUCAAAGGUUGCAGAGAAGCGGCCGCGUGCGGAAGAGGAGACGACAUUGGCGGUACCGCCCACUAAGCGACCCAGAGCAGGCUCAACCCAAGACCGGCCCAUUACCCCUCUCCAAAACAGCCAGACGCAAUACGCAACCCCUAAGAAGGACCUCAAGUCAGUCAACAUGUUACGAACUCAGUCUUCCGAGAGCAAUGACGCAACGCCCGGUCGGUCUGGCGCAACCCCAGCCGGCGCGAAACCUACAUCUGCUCCUCUUAACAACAAGAAGCAGGCAGACAUCUCGCUGCUAGGGCAUACGUCGGCACGGUGGAACCAAAUGGGUAGAGCCCUUAAGCAUGAAGCCACCAAGAUCCUCACCAGCGGCAAGAUUUCGAAACAGGACGAAAAGAGGGCCGCAGUUACUAACCUUGAGUGUAUCCUCGCCUACAUGGCCGCCUACUUCGCCCAAGACCUCUCCCUCCACAUGCGCGGCCGCCCCGGCGAAGUAGAACAAACCUGGAAAACGCUCCUCCCCCUCUGCCUCUCCUACUCGCGCAGCACAAAAGACCUCCAACACCUCGACGGCCUCCGCUCCUAUCUCAGCUCAGUAAUCGCCGCCGCAAUCUGCACACACGUCUCCCAGCGCUGCAACAACCCAAAGUCGCACGACUCGCCGCAAGAUGGUACGGGUCAUAGUGGUGUUAAUACGGCUGAAGCGUCGCGCCAGCAUAACUCGCUCGCGGAAAACUUUGCACUCCUGUCUGAUCACACGAUUAAAAUGCAUCGUCACUACCAAGACGCGCGGAUUGCGCUGCCGAUUGAGGAUCUCCAAUCGUUGUAUAAGAAGACGUAUGCAGCAAGGGAGUCGAAUGCGAGACUAGCCCGCGAACCGGAGAAACUGAGCGGCGCCAAGAUGUCAGGCCCGUACUUUUUGCCGCUGGGCGCUGAUACCACGCCCAUCCAGGCGGUGCGGUUUGGACUGAGGUUUCUGGCUGAGUAUUGCGAGAUUGAGGGGUUGAAGUAUGGUUUGAGGGUUAAUCUUGAGAGGCCUGAGUAG